GUAUAUUCCAAAUAAAUGAAAAAGAGGAAGAAUUUACAAUCAGCCGGCCUGUGUUAUUAUUCUACCUCUUAAAUUGUUAAAUAAAAAAUAUAGCUUAGUAAAUUCGAGUUUAGGAUUCAAAUGCUAAGAAGGAUGAGCUCCUUUAGUGGUCAGAAGCUAGCGGCAGUGGUCAAGGAGCUGGAGAACUUCGCACCUGCCAAGUUGGCGGAGAAAUGGGACAACGUGGGACUUCUAAUUGAGCCACAUAAGGAAAAGCCCAUAAAAAAAAUACUCCUGACCAACGAUUUGACUGAGCCUGUAAUGGGAGAAGCAUUGGAUAAGAAUAUAGAUCUUAUCAUCAGCUAUCACCCACCGAUAUUCAGGCCUCUGACCAGGAUCACCCAAUCUCAUUGGAAGGAGCGUGUGGUGGCCGCUUGUUUGGCCAAUAAUGUCGCUCUGUAUUCGCCCCAUACUGCCUGGGAUAAAACUUUUGGCGGAGUCAACGAUUGGCUUUCUAAAGCAGUUGCAAUCCAAAGCAUUAGACCCCUGGAACCGGAGUUGGGUGCUCCUCCGGGCACCGGAUCUGGACGAUUUAUCGAAACUGACCAGACCAUUCGUCAGUUGGUAGAGUCCCUCCAAAAACACAUCCAGACCAGUGUGCACCUUGCUUUGGCGGUGAGUCACACACCCGACACCGUAAUUAAGACCGUUGGAAUUUGUGCCGGCUCCGGAGGAUCUCUUCUUAAAGGAUUUGAAGCAGACCUCAUCAUCACUGGCGAGAUGUCUCAUCAUGAGCUUCUGGAGUUCAAUCACAAUGAUACCACCGUGCUUCUUUGCAACCAUAGCAACUCGGAAAGGGGAUUUCUUAAAGAAUUUUCACCCAAACUCAGCGAUCUGUUGAAGGGGGAAUGUGAGAUCCUUGUGUCUGAAAAGGACAAGGACCCCUUAGUCACUGUGACAAAUGCUGAUACUAUUUGUGAUCUUUCCCAGAAAGCUCAACAAUGA